ACAUAAAAACAAAAAAACAAAAAAAAAGAAAAACCCAUCUUUUUUUCUAACACCUGAAAAGAAAAAUACUAAUAAGAAAGUUAAUUAUUAAUGAAGGGAGGGGUUAAACUCUUGGCCGUGUGCCUCUAUGUGGCCACGGCGACAUUCAUGAUGGUCCAAGCGGAGGACCCUUACUUUCACCACGUGUGGAACGUGACGUACGGAACCGCAUCUCCUCUCGGAGUUCCUCAACAAGUCAUCCUCAUUAACGGUCAAUUCCCUGGUCCUAACAUCAACUCAACUUCCAACAACAACAUCAUUAUUAAUGUCUUCAACAACCUAGACGAGCCUUUCCUCCUUACCUGGAACGGAAUCCAGCAUAGGAAGAACUCAUGGCAAGAUGGAACAGCUGGAACAAUGUGUCCGAUCCCUCCGGGUCAGAACUUCACAUACCAUUUCCAGCCAAAGGAUCAGAUCGGUAGCUACUUCUACUACCCGACCACAGCCAUGCAUCGUGCCGCUGGUGCCUUUGGUGGCCUUCGUGUGAACAGCCGUCUCUUGAUCCCUGUCCCAUACGCUGACCCUGAAGAUGACUACACUGUCCUUAUCAACGACUGGUACACCAAAAGCCACACUCAGCUCAAGAAGUUCCUCGACAGUGGUCGCACUCUUGGCCGCCCAGAUGGCAUUCUCAUCAAUGGUAAAUCUGGGAAAACCGACGGGUCUGACAAGCCUCUUUUCACCUUGAAGCCAGGGAAAACCUACAGAGUCCGGAUCUGCAACGUGGGUCUCAAGACAUCUCUCAACUUCAGGAUUCAAAACCACAAAAUGAAGCUUGUCGAGAUGGAAGGCUCACACGUCCUACAAAACGACUAUGACUCACUAGACGUCCAUGUCGGUCAGUGCUUCGGUGUGAUCGUCACGGCAAACCAGGAAGCUAAAGAUUACUACAUGGUUGCUUCCACAAGGUUCUUGAAGAAGCCUUUGACAACCACAGGGUUGCUCCGCUACGAGGGAGGCAAAGGUCCUGCCUCUUCUCAGCUACCCGCAGCCCCAGUUGGAUGGGCUUGGUCUUUGAACCAGUUCCGUUCUUUCAGGUGGAACUUGACAGCCAGUGCCGCUAGACCUAACCCACAAGGAUCGUACCACUACGGAAAGAUUAACAUCACUCGCACCAUCAAGCUCGUGAACACUCAGGGAAAGGUCGAUGGAAAGCUGAGAUACGCCAUGAGUGGGGUCUCGCACACAGAUCCGGAGACACCUCUCAAGCUCGCUGAGUACUUCGGCGUUGCUGAUAAGGUUUUCAAGUACAACAUCAUCACGGACAACCCAAAUCCCGAGCAGAUCAAGACAAUCAAGAUCGAACCAAAUGUUCUUAACAUCACUCACCGUACCUUCAUCGAAGUCGUGUUCGAGAAUCACGAGAAGAGUGUCCAGUCUUGGCACUUGGACGGUUAUUCCUUCUUCGCUGUAGCGGUUGAGCCAGGGACGUGGACACCAGAGAAGAGGAAGAACUACAACCUUCUAGACGCAGUGAGCCGACACACAGUCCAGGUCUACCCCAAGUGUUGGGCCGCAAUUUUACUCACAUUCGACAACUGUGGUAUGUGGAACAUUAGAUCAGAGAAUUCAGAGAGACGUUACUUGGGACAGCAACUCUACGCAAGCGUCUUGUCACCUGAAAAAUCUCUCCGGGACGAAUACAACAUGCCGGAGACAAGCCUCCAAUGUGGUCUCGUCAAGGGCAAGCCUAAGGUUAACCCUUACGCCGGAGCCUAAUUUAAUGUUUUUUCUUUGAGGCUUUUUACUUAAACCAAAAAAAAAGUUAUUAAUUUGACUUAAAACGAUAUUGUUUAUUCAUAUGUACAUGAAUUCAGAUGUAUGUAUGUUUAUUCCCUAAG